CAGGACGCGCGGCCUCUCGAUGAAGCCCUGCUUCCAGGACGACCUCGACAAGGCCCACCGCGGAUACGUCACGAAGAACCAGUUCGGCCGGGUCCUGGGGAUGCUCGGCUUCGAGCUCAGCCAGCCCGAGGUGAAUCUCCUUUGCGAGGCGUACUUGAACCUCGGCAACCACAUCGAUGUCAACUACGUCGACUUCGUGACGAAGCUGGAGGCUCCCAAUCCAGAGCAGCAGCUCGCCAUGGAGCAGGCCUCCGGCCCGAAGGAGGACAUGGCGCAGUCGAAGUACUUCGACCAUGGUGGGAGGGUGAACAAGGCGCUGGACAUGACGAUGUGAGGCGCGGCCGCUCGCGCACGCGCGCCUGCACCGCACCGCACUCGGCCGUCUUCGCCUCCCUCCUCGCCCCUCCAGGGCCCCCCCCUUGCCUGGGCGCCCUCCCCGCAUGGGGCUCCCCGCCCGCGCGCGGCUCGCCCUCCCGCGCUGCUGCGGCGGCGCCCCCGCCGCCUGGCGGAGCCGUGGGCCUCGCCCGCGCCGCCUGCCGCAGCGCUUCAGCCCGUAGGAUCGCGCGGCGGCGGCGGCGGCGCCCGCGACCCCGCGCCCGCGCCGCGCUCCUCGCGCGGGCGCCGCGGGGCGCCGGCCGCUGUGGCGCGGCGGGGGAGGAGGUCCUGG